ACCCCACGCGAACCCAGCAAAACAGAAAGCCAAAAUUCCCAAACAAUUCCCAGAUGCGCAGCCACGCGACCCCCUCCCCACGCUCUCUCCUCGCUCUCUCCCUUCCUCUUAUCCUCUCCCCGCGUCUCCCCCACGCUCGCUCUCUCCUUCCCCUCUCGACAAAAACCCAUAAUUCCCCAGAAAUCACGCGAAAAACAGAGAGACUCCAACAACCCCACGCUCUUCUCCUUCCAUCUUUCUCUUCGCGUGAACCAAACGGAAGCGCAGAGACCCAUACGCUGUCGAGUAGGUCUGCGAGGUGUCAAUUUCAUCCUCUCCAACACGCCUGUGCCAUGUGAAGUUUGACCGAAACGGGAUUUAGUUUCGAUUUCAAAAGGAGAAAAGGGGGGCUAUUUCUUCUCCUCUAUAAAUACCCCUUUUCUUCAUCAGAAAAGGGGUGAGAGAUUUUUUCAUCGAAAAAUUCGGAAAAGCAGAACUUGGAGCGCUGGGAAUUUUGGGAGUUGAAAGAAUGUUAGAUAUUUGAGAUUUUUGAAAAAGAAAAGAAAGACACAGAAAAGGGUUAGGGAUUUUGGUUGAGAAAAUUUUCGAAAAAAAAAGACUCUGCUUCUUCCGUCUCUUGUUAGGAAAUUUUGGGUUGGGAACGUUGUUUGAAAUUCUGGGUUUAUUCCAUUGUUUCUGAGAUAACCAAAAGAAGUUAGAAAAUUUGGUUAGAAAUUCUGGUUUAGGAAGACUUUGAAGAAGAUUUCUUCCUGUCCUGUUCGUGUAGCAAAACAGUCGGGAUUUUUCGGGAAUAGGACUCCAAUACGAAGAACAAACGAGAUAAACGUCUAGCCGUGGGUCGCGUGGGGAAGUCAUCGUCGUCUGCUCGCCGUCAUCCCUGUUCCGCUGCUCCGAGAAAGGAAAGUCGAAUCACCGCUAUGGACAAAGGCAAGAACGUCCAGACGGAGCUCACUGAGGAGGAAUUGCAAAGAAAGAUCGAGCGAGUCACUCGAGAGAUUCAGAAGGUUAAGGAAGAAGGACUCAAAGUAGACGCGACCACGGCGAUCUACAAAGCUGCGGUCACAACAUUGGAUGAAGAUCUGGCGUCACAGAUAAAGAGAAAGAAGGAGGUUGAGAUGGAAACCGAAAGCCUAAGGAAAAGGUUGAACUUGCUUCGUUUGGAGAUACACGAAGGAAAGGCGAGAGAGGCGAAGAUAGAUAUCGAGACUGCUGUGUUGUUGGACAGAAGCACGGCGCUCGACGAGGAAUUGGCAACCCAUAGCGACCCAAAGGGCGGAAAAUACCUCGCCCGUGAUCAGGGAACAGGCAACAGUGGCCCCGGCCAUGAAGUGAUUGAGGAGGAUGAUGAAGAAGAAAUCGUCUACAAGCCUCCAUUUUCGACUGCAUGAAAGGAAAGGAAUGGCGCAGCCACAAGACAAGAAAUCUCCAAAUGUGGUCUUCUAGAAAUCUCAAUGUUGUUUUUCAAUUCCCUUGUAAUCACAACGAAAGAAUGAAUGGAAAAUUUUCAUCCUAAAAUCCGAACUACGUUGGGCCUGAAUUCUCCCCGUGAGAUACGUAGGCAGCCUUCCCGGCCCGGCCCCUAUCACAGAAAAUUUUCAUUCUCCUCCAUGUUUCGGAGAUACGAAGAUAAGAUCAACAGACGUCGCAAAGCAGCUGCAAGAAGACCAUAGCUCAACGUGAUUCAGAUUUCCCAAGAUAUCUCCAAACAAACAAAUUCCUGUUUGUUCAAAAUAUAUAUCCGUCCUUAUUCGUGGGUUAAGAUAUCCUCAAACAAAACGACUUGUGUGCUUAUCUGUUUUAUGUGCGAUAUUAUGCAUUUUGUACUCUGGAUAUGCACUAACAAAUUUGCCUUUGAGUUGUUUCUACCUCUCAGGUACCUUUUACUGAUCUGUGUCGAUAAAGCUGGCAGAUCAUUCUUACUUCACCAGGUCAAAAGGUCCUACAGAUUCCUUCCCUCGAUCAAAUUCAGACAAAGGAAAAAUAGUUAUGGGAGACAACAAUGACGAAGGGCGUCUUACAGACGUUGUGGUGGCUCAGCCCACUGUAGUGGAACAGAACGAAUUGAUCAUGCAACUGAUGCAACAGAUUGCUGAAAUGAAAGUUGAAAUGCAACGGAGACAGGAUGCGCCUCCACCUGGAUUUGGUACUAAUAUUGCUGAUGCAAGACCUCCGGUCUACUUCCUUUCAUCAAACAUAGAUCCAACUCAGAACCAGCCUUCUACACCUGUGCAUAAUCCGUCUGUGAUUGACCUCACAACCCAAAACCCUCAAUACGCUUCUGCAUCUUACCAAACUCCUUCACCUCUUCCAAAUAACCACCCUCAAAUACCACCCCAUCCUCAGAAUACUCAAACUGCCCCACCGCCACAAAAUCAAAACCAAACUCAAACUGCCUUCAAUACCCAAGCAUUUCAUCCGCAUUUGAGUCAGAACACCAAUCCUCAGGCCUACCCACAAAACUACCAGACCGUCCAAAACGUUCCAAGUCCCUCUAUAGCUCCACCCCUACCAAAAAGAGCCACCUUCCAAGUUCCCGUUCCUGCCGAGCACGAGGUGCACGGUUCUGAGUUGGAUCACUAUGAAGAACAGGAAAGAGAAUGGAAGGCGAAAGAAGAAGUGAAGAUCGAUAUAAAGGAAGAAAUCAAAAGGGCUAUGAAAGAGCUGCAGUGCAUCCCAGACGCCGUCGGACUUAGCUACGCAGAAUUGUGCAUCCAUCCAGAUUUGAACCUUCCCGAAGGUUUUAAAAUUCCGAAGUUUGACACCUUCGGAGGAGUGGGCAAUCCUAUGGCGCAUUUGAGAGCGUAUUGUGACCAGCUCGUGGGAGUUGGCAGGGAUGAGGCCUUGUUGAUGCGGCUUUUCAGCCGAAGUCUGUGUGGAGAGGCCCUCGAGUGGUUUACUUCACAUGAAACCAGGCAGUGGCCCAGUUGGAAUGCAUUGGCUAAGGACUUCAUUGACCGAUUCGCCUACAAUGUUGAAAUAGUGCCCGAUCGGUAUUCUCUAGAGAAGAUGAAGCAGAAACCAACUGAAAGCUAUAGGGAAUUUGCCUAUAGGUGGAGGAAAGAAGCGGCGAGGGUAAGGCCACCCAUGACCGAGAAAGAGAUUGUGGAAGUGUUCGUGCGGGUACAGGAGCCUGAGUACUAUGAUAGAAUCAUGUUGCUGGUCGGAGCUAAAUUCGCUGAGAUAGUCAAAGUCGGUGAGACUAUCAAAGAUGGUCUAAAAUCGGGGAAGAUAGCCCGUGUAUCUGCGUCGCCUGGGUCUUCAGGAUUGAUAAGAAAGCGAAGAGAGGAAGUUGCCGCUGUCUCGUAUGGGGGAAGAAAAACCCCUAAAAACCCGUCACAUUCCCAAGAUCGUUCCAGGCCUUCCCCAAAGUCUCACCGAUCCUACUACCCACAAUCCAAUCAUCCUAAUAACCACAAUACUAUCCCCACCUAUCAGAAUGCUCAAAUUUCGUCGUACUAAGGUCCACCCUCUAAUCUCCAAAAUU